GUCAUGCGUUCAAUCAAAGUGUUACUUUAGUUUCCGAAAAUAAAACAAUGAAUCCCAACUCCAUAGAUUAUGGCACCUCGGUGGAACCAAGGUAUCAGUGGGGUUUGAUUCAGGCUUCAUUGUUAUCCUCAUGCUUUGUGUCGAUGACUAUGUUUUCGAAGUAUCCUCUAGAUCAAUACCUUGGUUCCGGUUGGUCAUGCCUAUGCUUUAUUAUGUUUCAUACGAUCUAUAGUUUUCCGGUAACAUAUCUGCAAUUCAGGCUUUUUAGCCGUUAUCGUGAGGGCAUAUUGGUACUUUUUGACAGAUAUGUUCCUAUAUUUAAUGUCUUUUCAGUCAUCGUCAUCUUAGCUAACUUCAUUAAAUUUAUCAUUGGGGCCUACUAUCUUGCUAUAUCCUUUGGAUAUCUGUUUUUCACAUUUUAUAAUUGUGAUGGCAGGAACUGCAUCGGUGGAACAUAUAUAUGGGGGUCAUGCUCGGAUUCCUGGAGCGAAGGUGAUUGCAAGGACAACUACAGAACAGUACAUGCAGGUCCAGUACCAGAGGAGAAAUUUAUACUUAAUUUCGUACUCAUGAGAAGUGAUAGUAUUCUAUCUGGAUGGGAAAUUACUUCCUGGUUUACGAUUCGUGGUCUGAUUCUAAUUCCUUAUUUAGGAGCAUUUAUUUCUAUUUUUUUCAUAACUGUUGGUGGUCCAAAGGUGUUCGGUAUGUUACUCUAUAUAUUAUCACCAUUGGCUGUAUGUUUAUUAAGUGGAGUACUUAUUACAAUACGCGUAAAAUAUGCUAAUUCAACUAAUCAGUUAUCUGAUUAUUAUACCAAAUUUUAUCGACUGUUUUUUACAUCCGUACCGAAUAAUCCUGAUGGUGUGGAUACAUUUCAAGUUCAACCAUUAGUUUGGGGAUUUCUCUCCACAUUUGUACAUUUAUCCCAAUCAUAUAAUCUAUGGAAUGGAGUAUACCCUACCAUUGGUAAAUUGGUCAGUGGUGGACGUAAAAUGCGACAUUUAGGUUGGAUUCCUGUGGUGAUAGGAUCAGCUUUACUUGGACAAUUACCAGUACUAAUUAUGCUCUACGCUACAGCUUCAUCAUAUGAUCCACAAUAUACUCGAUGUCACUUAAGUGUUGAUUGGUUAGCACCAUUUAUAAUUAUGCCACAUAUUUUCUCGAAAUUUUCAAGCCCUCGACUUUUGGUUGCUUCAUAUUUUCUUGGGCUUUCAUUAUUUAUCUUGUUAAAUCAAGCAUUAAUAUUAUUAAGUACUACAGAACAUAUUGUUGGUCAUUUGGUUACUAAUAAUGAAAAAUACGAAGAUCAAUAUAAACGCAUAUAUCGAUGCUCAAUCAUAUUAAUUAUUCUGUUACUUGGGUUGCUUGGUGUACCAUUAAUUACUCAGGCUGGAUUUUAUUGGAUACGUUUAAUUGAUUGGUUUGUUGAUCGUUUAAUGUUGAUACCAGUGCUAGGACAAGUGGCUGGUUUUCUCACUGUUUAUGCUCAUUUACGAGGCAGUAAAAUAGAAACACCUAUGGUAAAAACAAUUAUAAUAUGUAUCUAUGCUAUACUCAUUACUAUUUCCAGUGGUAUUUAUACUUGGUAUAUAUUUUCAAGUUUACAAAAACCACCUGAUUUUCAAUGUCGUACAUACAGUCGAGCACCAUUAAAUGAUCCGAUUCAGAAUAAUUUUAUUCUACUUGGUUGGUUAAUAGCAUUUGGUCCUAUACUAUUGGGUAUAAUAAUUGGAUUGGUUAUGACAUGUAUACGUUUUCAUAGUCAUCAAACUGUAGGAUAUUCGUACUUCAAUUAUUUAUUCAAAGGUGAGUAUGGCCUACAAAAGUUUAUGCAGAAAACAGCUCAAUUAUCACAUAUGAAACGUAAUCUUCCGAAAUACUCAAAUAUGCCUAAAAAUCUUUCAUGGACUAGAAUAAAUAACUUUAACACUGCUUAUGGUUCUCCUAAGUUCAUGACAUCAGAUUUAUCCAAUCCAAAUAAUCUUGGAACGAAUAGAACAAUUUAUCGAUCCGUCGGUGAUCAAUUAGGAAAUUUUGUUUCGUCCAGUCAAGAUAUUGCCCAUGCUUAUUCGACAAACCAGCUACCUAAUUACUAUGAACAUAAUGAGACAAGUCAACUGAAUGCUUGUUUACUUCCUCCUCACAGAAAAUCCGAAGUGAACAUUUACAACAGUAGAUUAAUGUCAGAGUUAAAAGAUUAUCAACACCAGAAAAUUAAACAUCACAGACCUUAUAUUUAUCCAAAUCACCGUUCAAUUGGUACACUGGAUAUAUACGAAAGUGAAGAAUUCUUGUAAAUUAACUUCAACUUUUACGAACAUUCUCUUUGUUUUUUUUUAAAAAUUAUUCUGUGGAGGAAAAUUCAAACACCACUUGGGCGUAAUUACUAAGUUGUUUAUAACAAUAUAUAUAUAUAUAUGUAAAAUAAUUUUUUUCGUUUUGUUGAAAAAUAGUUCAAAUAAUUCAAAUAUCUUUACCGUUUUCAUUUAUAAUCACAAACAUAUUCGAAAUUAUCUCAGCUAGUAUACUGUCAGAAUACGAUCCACAUUACGUAAUCACUAGCGGUGUCGGUUAGAAAAGUGGGACUGUUGGCCUUAUGGUUCUUUCUGGAAAUCAUUAAAUACAUUUUGCCGUAUCUCAGUAACGUUCAACAUUUAUAUUCUGGGAAUGAAGUGCACUGUUAAUCUUUAGGUAGUUCAUAACCUUUCUUAUAAAGUAACGACAUCUUUUAUACAACAGCUAUCCAGAUUUCCCAUUAGUGAGUUUAUAUAUGUUUAUAUUA